AUGCAGCAGGAGCAGCAGCAACAGCAACAACAAUCCUCAACAUCACCGACGCCAGCCACGCCGCUGCCCAUCCUCUACGCCGAGGAUACCCCCUUCUCAGAGUACUCCACCGCCGUCUGGGGCCGCGUCUUCAACGCCCGCCGCGACUUUUCCCGGCGCCCCGCGGCCGUCGUCCAGGCCACGCGCAAAUCCCACGUCGUCGAGGCCGUACAGCUUGCAAACGAAAAGGGGUGGCGCGUGAGCAUCCGGUCGGGAGGCCACUCGUGGGCCGUCUGGUCCGUCCGCGACGAGGCGCUCCUGAUCGACCUCGGCGGGUUCGGCAACGGCGUCGCCAGGAGUGGCAACGAGGAGGGCAUCGCGUACGAUGCCAAGACGGGCGUCGUGAGCGUUGCGCCGGCGAGGACGGGGAGGGAGGUGAAUACGUUUUUGGCGGGCCAGAUUGGGGGGCCCGGGGACGAUAGUGUCGAGGGGAUGGGGAGGUGGUUUCCCGGCGGUCACUGUCCUGAUGUCGGGCUCGGCGGGUUCUUGUUGCAGGGCGGCAUGGGGUGGAAUUGCAAGAACUGGGGCUGGGCGUGCGAGAAUAUCGUCGCCAUUGAUGUCGUUACUGCUGACGCGCGGGAGCUCCGGUGCUCCGAGACGGAGAACGCCGACCUCUUUUGGGCCGCGCGCGGCGCCGGACCGGGCUUCCCUGCCAUCGUCACCCGCUUCCAUCUCCGCACCCGCCCCCUAACGGGCAUGUUCCAGUCCCUCUACUUUUACCCCCUCGACCGCUUCGAGGAGAUUCUGAACUGGGUGAUCAAGGUCUGCCCAAAAGCCUCCCCGGAACUCGAAAUCGUCCUCCUAGCCCUCACACCAUCCGGCCAAACCACCCCGCAAAUCAUGGCAAACUUCCUCUCCGUCUCCCCCAACCCGGAAGCCCUGAUCCCCCUGCACUCCUCCCACCCACCCCGUCCCCUCGCCACCGUCUUCGCCACGCCCACCUCCCUCCCGCAGCAGUACCUCGAGCAGGACGGCGCCAACCCGCCCGCGCACCGCUACAUUGCAGAAAACGCCUACGUCGCCAACGACGCCGACGUACCCGCGGUCCUCAAAAGGGCCUUUACCCAGCUGCCCACCCCGCAGUCCUAUGCCCUCUACUAUUCAAUGAACCCGUGCUCUCGCCGCCUGCAGCAGAUCGCCGGCGAGACCUCCUCCUCCUCCCUCUCCUCACCCCUCUCGACGACCAACGGCACCGCCGCAAAGACGACCAUGCCCGACAUGGCACUCAGCAUGCAAUCAGACCACUACUUUGCCCUCUACACAAUCUACCCGGACGCCGAGGACGACGAGCGGUGCCAGGAGUGGGUGGGCGACGUCAUGGCCGGCAUCGAGAGGCACGCUGCCGGGUCGUACCUGGGCGACGCCGACUUCCGGUACCGCCGCACCAAGUUCUGGGGCGAGGAGCAGGGCAAGAGGCUGAUGGAGGUCCGAAAGGUGUGGGAUCCCAAGGGAAGGAUCGCCGGGUUCCUGGACCCGGAGGACGAGAGCGGCGUUGAGGGGUUGAAGAAUGAGUUUGAGUGGGCGUGA